ACUACACGGUAUCAUCUUGAAGAAGCAUCUUUCUCCCGUAUUGGAAGAUUUUAGACGUACUUGAUAUGUUGAAUGAUUCUAGUGGGGGGGGAUCUAACAAGCUUACAAGAUCAAUUUCUCGAAUUUUCAAUUUAUAUUCAUUCACAUAAGCAAUAUUACUAUAAAGGAUAACCAGAUUAACUGUGUGUAUAUUUGGUAUAUUGGUAUAUUUGCACAUUAUAUGUUUAUCAGAUUGAACAUGAAUUUUAAGUCGUGCACCACCCAAUAAACCGGCUAAGAAAAACCGAUCCGCUUGUUACUUAAAAUUUAAUCUAUUAUAAGACGUGUCCAUAUGCCUAUGCACCAUACCAUUCAAGAUGGCUAAUCUUUGGCUGUAUGUUUUUUGGACGUAUCCCAUCGUGUUUGUUUGCUCGAUUCCAUUGACUUUAGUGCUCAAACAAUACAACGGCAUAGCAGCCAAAUGGAUAUUUGUUAGAUUCCUUGAACAAUUUGCAGUACGAAAUUUAGGAUAUACAUGGUUUACGUUGUUAUUCUGGCUGAAUCUACUAUUAUAUCGAACAUCUGCGGGAAUUGAACGGAAAAUAUUAAUUCGGUUUGCAAAAGUAUAUCUCAUCAACACUGUUGUCAUUGUAUUCUUGAUGGAAUGGUUCUUUGGAUCUCCUAUCUUUGAGCGCAUAAGUGUGUUUUCUGGAGCACAUUGUACCAUUGACAGUAUAUAUCGAGAAUAUGCAUGUGAAGGUGCGGGUGGUGAAUGGAUGGGUGGGUUUGAUUCUUCUAGUCAUUAUCUAUUCUUGAUUUCAAGUAGUUUAUUGAUUUGGUAUGAAUUGAUUAAUCAUUUAAGCUUUCCAUACUCGGUGUCUUCGCCAUACAACUUUCUUCCUAGCAUAGAUAUAGAACGGGGCUAUCCAAAUGAAAGACAAGAUGUAGCUGGAGGAACAUCGUACACGAGGACAAUAAUCAUAGUUUCAUCAUCUGUGUUUAUCCUGUUAUGGUUUUGUCUGUAUCUAAUAACGUCGAUUUUCUUUCAUACUAUUCCUGAGAAGAUUGUUGGGUUAUUCUGUGGUUUAUUUGUCCCAACUUUAUUACCCAUACUAGACAAAAUUUAAUUGUAAUACAUUAGUCAUCUAUUGAUAGGCGAUAUAGAGAUAUAUUUUUUAUAGACAAUGAUUACUAAUUAUCUACUGUGUAAUAGCCGUGUACGGACUUUGAUGACUGGUAUACAUUACCGCUAUACGUUCGUUCCCGUCAUGC